AUGUCUGCCGAGCCUCUGCAAGACGCAGCCUACUCCAAGGCGCACGAUGACUACGGCACGGGUACCGCGCCGCCCUCCCCCGUUGAGGGGAGCGCCGCCGGUGGCGAGCCCGCGGCCGCGGCCGACGAGACGGUCGCCGUGGCGGCGGGCAUCCAGCAGCUCGAGGCCAAGAGCGUGCACUGGUACUCGUACCUGGCGACGGCCGACUUCUGGGUGGUGCUCGGGGUGGGCCAGGUGCUAGCGCUGUGCAUCACGGCCACCAACACCUUCAGCGAACUGCUCGCGGGCCUGAACACCAACAUCCCGGCCUUCCAGACGCUGUUCAACUACGUGCUGCUGACAAUCAUCUACCUGACCGUCAGCCUUGUCCGCUACGGGCCGCGCAAGUACCUGCGCAUCCUGUGGCGCGACGGGUGGAAGUACUUCAUCCUCAGCUUCCUCGACGUCGAGGGGAACUACUUCACCGUGCUGGCCUACCGGUACACCAACCUCCUGUCGGCGCAGCUGCUCAACUUCUGGAGCAUCGUCUGCGUCGUGCUCAUCUCUUUCUUCCUGCUCAAGGUGCGCUACAAGCCCUUCCAGAUCGCCGGCAUCCUCGUCUGCUGCGGCGGCAUGGGCCUUCUCCUGGCCUCGGACCACAUGACGGGCUCCAACGGCGGGCCCGCCGAGAACAUGGUCAAGGGCGACCUGUUCGGCCUGCUGGGCGCCACCUUCUACGGCAUGAGCAACGUGUUCGAGGAGUGGUUCGUCAGCCGCCGCCCCAUGUACGAGGUGCUCUCCUUCAUGGGCGUCUUCGGCAUCCUCAUCAACGGCGUGCAGGCGGCCAUCUUCGACCGGGGGUCCUUCGCCUCGGCGACGUGGAACGGCGCCGUGGCCGGCUACCUGGUCGGGUACACGCUCGCGCUGACCAUCUUCUACUCGCUCGCGCCGCUGAUCCUGCGCAUGGCCAGCGCCGCCUUCUUCGACAUCAGCCUACUGACGGGCAACUUCUGGGGCGUCAUCAUCGGCAUCCACGUCUUCGGCUUCGCCAUCCACUACCUCUACCCCGUCGCCUUCGUCCUCAUCAUCGCGGGGCUGGCCGUCUACUUCCUCGCCGGCAGCAUGCUCGGUGACUCGAAGAAGCCCUGGCUCGGCGGCAACCAGGAGGGCGGCGUCGCGGGCAUCGGGACCGCGAAGCUCAAGGCCCUCAACCUCGCUAGGAAGAAGGGCCUGGCCGCCGAGGGGAUGGCUUGA